AUGAAGCUCUCCCUGCUUGCCCUCUCGGCCAUUGCCCCCUUGGUGUCCGCCCAUUACUUCUUUGACGUCCUGGUCAUCGAUGGCAAGGAGACCAAGAGCAAUGAGUUCGUCCGCUCCAACACCCGCCCGGCCAAGUACAACCCAACCAAGUGGGUGAAUAUUCGGGAUGACAUGACCCCUGACGUGACCGACUUCCGCUGCAACAAGGGCGCCUUUACCUUUGCUGGCAAGACCGGCACCGCUGAGGUUAAGGCUGGCUCCAAGCUGGCAAUGAAGCUCGCUGUUGGUGCCACCUUUCAGCACCCUGGCCCAGGCUUGGUGUAUAUGUCCAAGGCUCCCAGCGCCGCCAAGGCCUACCAGGGUGACAAUGAAUGGUUCAAGAUCCAUGAGGAGAGCGUCUGCAACAAGAACGCCGACUUCACCAGGGAUGCCUGGUGCACCUGGGGCAAGGACCGCAUUGAGUUCACCAUUCCCGCCGACCUUCCUGAUGGAGAGUAUCUUAUCCGCCCUGAGCACAUUGGUGUCCACGGCGCUCAUGUCGGACAGGCCGAGUUCUACAACACCUGUGCUCAAGUCAAGGUCGUCGGCGGCGGCAACGGCACCCCCGGUCCUACCGUGAAAUUCCCCGGCGCAUACAAGAAGAACGACCCGUCCUUCAACUUCAGCAUCUACCAGGGCUACAAGGAGUACCCCAUGCCGGGCCCUGCUGUCUGGACCGGUGGCUCGGGCUCCCACUCAGGCUCCAACGUGCAUAACGCCACCGAGUCCACCGCUCCUGAGACCAACGCUUCCCCAACCACCGCUCCUUCUCACACCAGCGCUCCCCAAGCCACCGCUCCCCCUUCGAAGGGAAGCACCGGUACCUGUUCUGGCCGUCGCAAGCGCAGACACGCUCGUGCCUUCGACCAGUAG